GCUCUCUCUCUUUCCUUCAACAACCCUUGUUACUCUCAGACACGCAGAAACUCGUUCGACUAGACACCGGCACGAGUGACUGUAGUGCCAAGCAGUAGCACCACACAAGUCUCGCUUCUACAAACGGGUCUUCAUCAGCACCUUCAACCGCCUCGCCGCCGCCGCUCGAGUCCGACACGGCAACAGGCGACAGGAUGAAGGGGCGCAAGUCUACCCGCAAGGUGGUGCCUCCACCACCCGACGUCGAAGCCCUUAUCAAGCGCCUCAACGAUGCCGAGGACCAGGACCUCGUCUCCAUCCUUGAGCCGGUCAAGAUCUGGCGCUUCCCCCGCGGCGACAUGCACGCCUGGGUGCCCAUCACCAAGAAGUUCAUCGGCAUCCUCGGCAACAUGCGCGACAGCUAUGGGCUCGGCGCUGGCAGCUCCAAGCCUGCCAAGUUCCAGCUCAACGACUUCACUCCUCGCGACAAGGAGUUGACGCUUGCUAUCCUGCACUUUAUCCGUCUUCUGAUGGAGAACUGCACCAACCGCAAGCUCUUUGACGGCUAUGAGGUUCUCGGCGACCUCCUCCUCACCAACGACCUCGAUGUUCUCGAGGCGCUGCUCUACGUCUUCCUGAGACCGCUGCAGCAGUAUCUGUCGCAGAUGCCGACGACGCCGGAGCUUAGCAACAUUCUCCGCCAGCGUCUUCUCGCGCUCGCCAGAGGAUGGGACAGGUUCCACCUCGCCGGGAUCGACCUGGUCGCGUACGCUUCGAACCCGGAGCCCCUCGUUCUUCCCGACGAUGUCGCCACCCUCCACUUGCAGUUUUACCCGCCGCAGGACUCGACUGCCGCCCCCAGCUCGUCGCCAGUCAAGGCCACGCACUCGGCGCUGGCGGCACCGCACGAGACCCCGACUAGACCAUCGCUUGGGCACGCCAAGUCUGAGCAGCGCGCCGCGUUGACGCCACUGCAGAACAAGAUCGCCCAACCGGUGCUCGACAGCUCCAUGGUGACAGUUGACCUUGGCAACGUUGCUCAGACGAUGCCGAACGACUACCUCGACCGUCUGGCCGCGCUCGCUGAGGAGUACAAGAUGGACGCCGAGGAGCAGCUCGCGGCGCUCAACAAGAUCCGCUUAAUAGUCCUGUCCAAGGACCGCGACACUCGCCGCAAGCUCCUCACAUGCCGUCUCCUCGUGCUUGGGUGCUACAUCAUCUUCUCCACCCAGGACGCUGUCCAGUCGAACAUCUUCCUGUACGAGCCCGAGCUCAUCACGCAGAUCGCCGAGCUCCUUGUCCCCGGUCGUGACGUAGGGGACAGCGUCGUGGCGUCCGCUCUCGUGGCACUGGACUCGGCGUGCCACCACCGCACUGAGGUUCUCACCUCCAUCAACGCCAACGUGAACCACGGCAUUAUCAUGACUCUGCUCCGCAGCGUCGUCACCAAGCUCAACAACGGCGAUGCGGUGUCCAACGAUAUCGUGGACGCCCUUCUCAGCCUGAUCACCUACAUCAUCAGCCUGCCGUUCCACAGCAACUUGAUCGUUGGCGCUGGCCUCAUCCCCCUGCUUCUGGAGAUGCUGCAGACCAAGGGCGAGCGCAGGUCACAGUACAUCCCUCGUAUCACCACGCUCAUUGACCAGGGUGUGUACCACCACCCCCCUGCGCUUCAGGCGUUCACCAAUGCCGACGGUGUCAACGUUCUCGUCAGCCGCAUCAAGGACGAGGUCAAAACUGUCAUUGAGCAGCCCCCGCCCAUCGACCCAACUGGUCUCGUCAACGCCGACUCGCUGAUUGCGUUCACCACCAAUCCCCUCAAGGCCGAGCUGAGGUCCCUGUACCGCAUGCUCCAGAGCACUGGCGGCGCCGACGGCUUCCGCAACGUCGUCGACACUGACCUCCCCAAGUCCCUUAAGCGCAUCUUCACCAACUCUGACCAGUUUGGGCUCCGCAAUUUUGGUCUGGCUAUCAACAUCAUGUCGACCAUCAUCCACAACGAGCCAACGUCGCUCAGUAUCCUCCAGGAGAUGCAGCUCCCGCAAACUCUCUAUGCUGAGCUCGAGAAGAAGAUGCCUGAGCCGUUCGAGAUCGUCUAUGUCAUGCCGAACGCUAUCGGUGCGAUCUGUCUCAACGCGGCGGGCCUCAAGGAGACUCUCGAUCACUUUGAUGUUAUCGCCAAUAUCCCAAGGGUCGCCAUCUCGUGGACGUCGGACGACGUCUCGGAGCGUGAGCACGUCACGUCGAUUGGUGCCGCGCUUGACGAGCUCGUCCGGCACCACCCCGCCCUUCGCGCCAAGGUCCUCGAGUCGGUUACUGCGCUCCUUCGCGAGACCAUUGAAGACGGCAAGAACUUCAAGCCAUCCGCAAAGAGGGCAAACGAGUACGCCGUCGAUCUGUCCGAGACCACAUCGGAUGAGGCCAUGGACGUCGAGUCGGUCGACAACAAGGAAACAUUGAACAACAACAAGCCCCUUACGCGGCUGACCAACACCGUCAAGCUCCUCAGCGGCCUCCUGCGCAACGCUGCCAUGUGCCGUGAAUUCAUCAAGGACGGCGGUGUGGAGCUCGUGCUGAGCAUCGCGGCCUUGCCCUGCAUCCCCGUCAAGUUCUCCGCGACCGAGGCUGCUUUCGCUAUCCCCAGCCUCCUCCGUGUCAUGGGUGACCAGGAGCACCUCACGCUCACCGAGCGCCUGGUCAAGACUGUUCACCAGGAGCUCGAGGCUCUUCCCGAGCUGUGGAAGGACCCCGCUUCGGCCCGCGCGACUUGGGAGGGUCUUGCCACCGGAGACACUCCCACUGGGCAGGCUCAUCUGUUCCGCAAGGCAGCGGGCCUCGCCAUGAUCGUGUCCUUCUUCGCAGACUUCCUGAGCCUGAACUUUGGCAGCCAGCGGAGCGGUACAGCUCUCAUCAAGACUCUCGGUGUCAGCUCCGGGUCGUCGUUCAUUCCCGACCUGGGUCUCCUCCACCGGGUCUGCCUUCAGGAGCACGUCAUCUUCAAGGAUCUCGUCCCCGACACGUCCUCCGAGCCGGCGACCCCUGCCCAGCCCAAUCCGACGUCGCCAGUCGUACCUGCUGCCGCAGAUGCUUCUGGGGCUGCUGCCCAGCCAGCUGCGGUGUCUCUUGAGGUGUCGACUACCACUCAGACUGGCGAGAGCAGUACCCAGACCGUGGGUCCUGCCGCAACCGCGGAAGCCGACAAGGCCAAUAAGACCCCUACGAGAGCCGAGACGGUCCAGACUCUGGUGACCCGUAUGCACGCGACUCUGACCAAGUUCUUCAGGGUUUCUGUUCGCCUGAUCUUCAACAAGCGCGUCCCGGAGAGUUCUCACAAGGCUGAGGCUGGGCCACUCGCCCUCGCCAUCUCCGAUAUCAUCAUCGGUCACCUCCAGUGUUCUACCGAAGUCCCGCAGAAGGCCUUGGCUAUCGACACUGCGGCUCUCGGCCUGGCGACCAUGCUCCUGUUUGAUGAGCGCGGUGUCGACGGCCAUCUUGCCACGACAUUGUUCAUUCCGUUCGACAAGAAGGGCGGCAUGACGGAGCUGUUGGACAAUGCGAAGCGCAUCAUCGCCGCCAUGGAUGCCAUUCCUCUGACCGAGGGGGACGAGACACGUACCAAGGAGCAGACCAAGCACUACAACCAGGCGGUCAGCGGUGUCCGCAUUGCCUUCUCCGUUCUUUCAUCGUUCUCGUCUCCCCGCUCGCUCGUUGAGAGCCCGCAAACACACAUCAUCGAGCAGCGCGAACUCUCCCUCCCGAGUCGAAAGCGCUUCUCGGCCAUCAACACCUUUGUCCGCUUGCGCCUCGACAUCUUCCCAAUCGCGCAGCAUUUCUGGAAUGCGCCAUGGCUGCACACUUUACCUCUGCCUGUGCUACGAAUCGGUGUGGCGACGUUCCUGGAGCUCAUGGCCGGCAAGGGAGAAGAGAUGGAGGUUACAUUGGCCGCGCCUCAGAUUCCCUCUGAGCCCGUUACUCGUCAGCCCACAGUGAGGCAGGUCGUCGCCAACCCGGCGAUGGUUCAACAGCUCGUCGACAUGGGCUUUGGUCGGAGCGCGGCGGAGCGCGCUCUUAUCAGAGGCAGAAACAACGUCACCGCGGCGACUGAGUUGAUCCUCACGCACCCGCACUUGUUCCCGAUGGACGAGCCUGAACCGGCAGAGCCUGCAGCGGCUGCCCCCGCCGAGGCCCCGGCAACGGACGCCGCUCCGGCAGAGCCGGCUGCUGCUGAGGCCCCAGCCGCAGAUGCGGAAGUCUCAACACCGCCGGAGCAAAUUGCUUCUGGCUCUGCCCCGGCGGCCCAGCCCUCCACCGACGCGUCGCCAGAGGACAAGGAGUCUAAGGAAGUCGAGAUGGAGGACGACUCAGCGCCCAGCCCCAGCGCCACCUGGGAGAGGCAGCGUGAGGAGCUCGACAGCCUGCGUACCAAGAGCAAGCCCGAGGUUCCCAAGCGCGCUUUGCAACUGCUCGACGAGGUGGAGGAUCUUGUUUUCGACCUCCUCACUGCAUUCCCGUCCGGCGUCGAGGGUGCGACCUUCAUCAUCAACAGUGUCGACUCGGCAGUCAAGGAGGUCGCCAACACGCAUCGCGACCAGGUCAUUGCUGCUCGCCUUCGUCUGCUUUCCGUCUUUGCUCGUGGAGGCACGCCCAUUGAUCUCCCGGUUGAGGACAGCAAACGAGCAUUCGCCAUUCUCAUGUCUCUGUCGGUCGAGACUGACCCUCGCCCCAAGUGGCUCCCGGCGUAUCUCCUCGCCGCCGAGUCAAUCUUACUCAUGACAUACACAGUGUCCGAGGCCAAGCUGGGCGACGCGCCUACUAGCGACGUUGUCCGCACCGCCGACUUUGGGGACGCACCGGCUCAGCUGUUGACGACCUCCCUCAAGACCCUGACGGCAAAGGACCUUACUCGCGACGAAAUCAUGUCCUGCAUGCGCCUUGUUGUUGUCCUCACCCGCCACAACGCAGCCGAGGUCGGCGCGGAUGUUGUUCGCCCAAUCCUGAGCAACUUCAUCAAGCCAAACAAGAACUUGGCCGGCUGCCAGCCGUACCUCGCCAUGGUUACGCGCCAUGCGUUUGACAGCCUCGACACGCUGCGCGACGUCAUGCGCCGUGAGAUCCGCGAGUGGAUGACGCCGACUAGAAACAAGGUCACCGACGUAAACCACUUUGCUCGUCAGCUUCGCCAGAUGGCUUACCGCGACUCUGGAUCCUUCCUGAACGCCGUCGAGGAUGAAUGCUCGCUUGUCGACCCUGGACCAGUGCAAUCGGUCUACCACAUCCGUUCCAAGCGAGAGGAGAAGAAGGCCGAGGAGACCAAGGGCGACAGUUCCACUCCCGCCCAAGCCCCGGCCUCAUCUUCUGAUCCCUUCCAGCGCUCGGGGGCAGACUCGUUUGAGAGCCACCCUGUCAUGGACUACCUCGUCUCCGAGCUCGGAACAGCCUUGCGCACCAUCCAGCAGGAGGAAGCGGCCAAGAAGACUGCCGCCGAUUCCUCGGAACCCAAGUCGUCGGAGGCCGAGACGGAUGCCUACGCCUACGCAGGCUUAGUGCUCUCGGUUAUCACGGAGCUCGUUGGCUCUUACUUCUCGGCCAAGAAGGCCUUCAUGUCUGCAGUGCGCCACGGCGCUCUGUAUGGCCACGGCAAGGGCAAAUCUGGCAUCGCCGUCGUGCUCAACGACCUUGUCUGCUCGGCUACCCUGGCCGAUGUACAGGACAAGACCAGCGGCACCAACAACGCUGCUGCUGCUCGGCGUCUCACUCUGUCGAGCUGGUCGACCUCGCUGAUUGUCGCUCUGUGUGCCAACAUUGUUGGCACAACCGACCUCAAAGACAUACCCGAGGACCUCAUCAUCGUGCGAAAGCUUGUGCUCGACAGCGUCUCCAAGGCAUUCAAGGACACGUACUCGUCAACACCCGACCCCAACGUCAGAUACGGCAGACUUUGGGCUCUUGGAGAGCUUGUCUACCGACUGCUCACCUCGCGCUCGUCUGUCGUUCCCCGCCAGGGCGAUGAGUCGAGCCUCCAUAUCGCCAAGACGAUGCUGGAGAAGAGCUUUGUCGGCCUCAUGACCUCUUCGCUUUCCGAGGUCGACCUCAACUACCCCGAUGUCCGUAACGUUCUCGUGUCGCUCCUCAAGGCCCUGGAGCACCUCACCAAGAUCUCGAUCAAGUGGGGCAAGACGGAGAGCAAGAAGCGGGAGGGUAGCGCCGAAGUCGAGUCUGACGACGAUGACGAGACUACUUCGGAGGAGGCCUCUGACAUUGACAUGUCCGACGAGGAAGACACCGAUGGCCCGGAUCUGUACCGCAACUCUGCCCUUGGCAUUCUUGGCGGCGACAUCGACAUCGACGACGAUGGAGAUGACGACGACGACGAGAUGGAUGACGAAGACGAGCUGAUGGAGGCCUUUGGCGACGAGAUCGACGAUGUCAUGGACGACGAUGACGGCACUGAGCCGUCUGACGAUGAGGAUGAAGAUGACGAGCGUGACAUGGAAGGCGACUGGUCUACGGAAGACGAAGGAGAAGAGCACGACGAGGAUGACCAUGUCAUUGAAGACGAUGUUGAACUCCAUGACAUGGACCAUGAUGCUGAAGUGGCUUGGGACCACGACGACAUGCCCGAGGACGAGAUGGAGGAGUUUGACUCUGAAGGCGAGGACGUUGUGGAUGGCUUCAUGGAGGAUGAAUUCCGCAACGGUCUCGACAUGGAAGAGGAGGACGAACUCGAGGAUUUCGAUGAUGACGAGCUUGGCUUUGACAACAUCGAUGCAAUGGAGGGCAUGGUUGGCGGUGCCGCCUCUGGCAUUCCCAACGGCGCCGGCGACAACUCUGGUCACUGGGGAUGGCAGGAGCCGGCCGCUCGUCCUUCGGACCUGUCGCGCCGCUCGCGUCUCAUGGGUAGGCGCUUCCGAGCCAUUUCAGAGCUAACUCUCGCAGAAGUCGACGGCGCGGCUUCGUCAUUGUUCGGGCUCCCGUCCCGCAGCACGGCAGACUACACCCAGCACCCGCUGUUAGCUGGUUCUCGCGGACAGGCAGUUCCCGGCCGUUCGCCCCACAACCCCUUUGGCAACCUGUCCAGCUUGAACGAUCUCAUUGCGUCCAUCGAGGGCCUUGGCGGCCCCCAGGCCGUACAGUUCCUCGAGAGUGUUGUCAACCAGAGCCGUCACGCUGGCGCCGAGGCGAUUCGUGUCGACCUUGCGCAGCGCCACGACGGUGGCUUUGGCCUUUCUAUUGGAGGGCGCUCCUUCAGUGUCCCUCCCCCAUCGCACCGCCAGCUACCUGCCACGGCCGAGGAGAUUCAGUCCGAGUACAAGCCUCGCCCUACUCUUCAGCGUUGGCUCGAGGAGCAGAACAGUUUUCCCUACGCGUCGCCCGAGCAGCUGGCACGUCUGGUUAUUCACCUCAUCAACCGCCUCCUCCCGGCUGCUCGCAAGGCCGCCGAGGAGGAGGCUGAACGCCGGCGACUUGCUGAAGCCAAGGAGGCUGAACUGGCCGCCAAGAAGCGCGAAGACGAGCAGGCCUUAGCGGCCUCGGUCAACCUCCCUGAGUCGCGCCCUCUCACCGCGGUUCAGCUCGACGAUGAUGAAGACGACGAGGAUGAUGACGAGGACGAGGACGUCGACGUCGACAUGGAAACCGACGAGGAUGACGAAGAGGGUGAUGAGGACGACGAGGCCGCUCAUGACGGCCCUCGCAUCACGGUCACCGUUCACGGCGAAGAGGUCGACAUCACAGACACUGGUAUCGACCCCGAAUUCCUCAACGCGCUUCCCGAUGACAUGCGCGCCGACGUUAUCGAGCAGCACAGACGCGAGCAGAGCCGCCUCACACGCCCAGCCGCCAACGAGCCCGCGUCCACGUCUCAGAUCAACCCCGAGUUCCUCGACGCUCUGCCGCCCGACAUUCGUGCCGAGGUCAUCAUGCAGGAGACCAUGGAGACAGCACGUCGCAACCAGCAGGCGGCCCAGGCCGCUCAGGCUGCUGCGGCUGCCCAGGCUGCCGCUGCGGCCCAGCAGCAGAGAAUCAACCUUGGUGGCCCUCUGGGUGCCGGCGGUCUGCCUCUGCCUGUCGGUGGUGGGCCUCUGUUCGAUCUUGAACCUGAGCUCCGCAACGUCCUCAACAGCAAUGACCUGUUCAACAUCUUCUCUAGGGGUGUCGCUGGCGCUAAUCCCCUCGGCCCUGGUGCGUCAUCCGGCAGCAAGCCCAAGCGCGACGCCAUUCAACUCCUCGAGAGACCAGGCGUGGCCUCCCUCGUUCGUCUCCUGUUCUUCCCCGAGGCAAUCCGCAAGGGCUAUCUUCUCCGUACCCUCGUCAACCUGUGCGAGAACUCCAAGACCCGCGCAGACCUUCUCAACCUGCUCCUGUCCAUUGUUCAAGAUGGAUCAGGCGACCUUCCUGCUGUCGACCGCAGCUUCCAGCAGAUGUCGCUCCGUGGUCUGUCGACACCAAAGGCUACGCAGACCCCGAAGGGCAAGGCCGUCGAGACGCCCGCGGUGGCACAGCCGGCAACUGCUGGCCUGUUCAGCCACCUGCAGAGCGAUCACAUUCCGACCUUUAUCGCCCAGCGCUGCUUCGAAGCGCUGUCGUUCAUUGUUGGUGCCAACUCCCAGGCAGUUACCUACUUCCUCACGGAGCAUGAGCAGCCUGUUGGACUCAAGAAGCUGGCGGCGAAGAAAGGCAAGGGCAAGGAGAAGUACCUCCCUCAGACCAAGUUCCCCAUCGUCAUUCUCAUCGGUCUUCUCGACCGCCCCACCAUGCUCAAGACGCCAGGUAUGAUGGAGUCGCUCACCAGCCUUCUCGCGGCGAUCACCAAGCCUCUCGCCAGUCUCCAGGUGCCAUCGGCUACUACCGACGCGGAGGGUGCGCCCAAGGCCAUCGAGGGUGCCUCUACUCCUGCUGUACCGCCCACUGUUCAGGAUGCCGACGGCACCGCGACUGCUGCGCCAGCCGCGGCUGAGGCCGCUUCGUCAUUUGCGGUUGUUCCCACCGCACCUGUGACCGACAAGACGCUCAAGGCGCCCGUCAUUCCGCCCGCGGUUCUGCGCCUCGUCGUCAACUGCCUUACCAUCGGCGACUGCUCGAGCCGCACCUUCACCCACACCCUCAUCGUCCUGCAGAACCUCUCGUGCAUUCCUGAUGCCAAGGGCAUCAUCGUUUCCGAGUUAUGCUCGCGCUCGCAGGCCCUUGGCGUCACCAUCCAGGACGAGCUCCGAGAGCUCGGCACAGUGCUGGCCAACAAGGACCAGGAACUCGACAGCGUCACUCUCACCAAGUUCUCCCCUGCCAGCUCAUCUCAAGCGCAGCUCCUCCGCCUGCUCAAGACCAUCGACUACCUCUACAACCCCAAGGCUGGCGAGCCCAAGGAGCAGGAGAAGGACGAUGAGCGCCAGGCGCGCGAGAUCUUCUCGUCGUUCGACUUUGCGCCCAUGUGGAAGCAGCUCAGCGACUGCCUUACGCUUGCCGAGGCUCGCGAGAGCACUGACCAGAUCGCCGCUGUGCUUCUGCCCUUGGUCGAGGCUCUCAUGGUCGUCUGCAAGCACACUCGUCCUGCCCAGGCGCAGGACGUUGUCAUGUCACCCAUGCUGUCGCCCACGACCCCGCCACCCAACGACCUUUUCCUCUCGUUCACCACGACCCACCGCAAGGUCCUGAACGCGAUUGUUCGCAACAACCCGUCGUUGAUGAGCGGCUCCUUCUCGCUGCUCGUGGCCAACCCCCGCGUGCUCGAGUUUGACAACAAGCGCAAUUGGUUCUUCCUCAAGCUCAAGCGCAAGCGCGAGCAGCUGGCGUACCAGAGCAUCCACCUCAACGUGCGCCGUCAGUACGUUCUCGAGGACUCGUACCGCGCUCUGGUCCACCGCGGCGGCGACGAGUUCAAGUUUGGCAAGAUCAACGUCCGGUUCAUCAACGAGGACGGAGUGGACGCUGGUGGUGUCACUCGCGAGUGGUACAGUGUGCUCGCGCAGCAGAUCUUUGACCCCGACGUGGCUCUCUUCGAGCCCUGCGCCGCCGACAAGCAGACGUACCAGCCGAACAAGCACUCGUCGCAGGCCGUUGACAACCAUCUCUCGUGGUUCAAAUUUGUCGGACGCAUUAUCGGCAAGGCGAUCUACGAUGGACGUCUUCUCGACGCCUACUUUAGCCGCGCAUUCUACAAGCAGAUCCUUGGCCGGUCUGUUGACAUGCGCGACCUCGAGUCGAUCGACCCCGAGUACCACAAGUCGCUUCAGUGGAUGCUGGACAACGACAUUACCGGUGUCAUUGACCAAGAGUUUACAAUCGAGGACGACUCGUUUGGCGAGAAGAAGGUUGUCGAGCUCAAGGAGGGCGGCGCCAAGAUCGAGGUCACCGAGGAGAACAAGGAGGAGUACAUCCGCCUGCUCUGCGCCUACCGCCUCGAGAACUCGACCAAGGACCAGAUGAACGCGUUCCUGUCUGGAUUCUACGAGGUUAUUCCUCGCCAGCUUAUCCAGAUCUUUGAGCCCGACCAGCUCGAGCUGCUCAUCUCGGGCAUCACGACCAUCGACGUUGACGAGCUCAAGAACUCGACCCAGAUGAGCGGUUGGAAGGGCAGCGACCCCGAGAUCUCGUGGUUCUGGCGCGCCGUCCGCAGCUUCUCGCAGGAGGAGCGCUCGCGUUUCCUCAUGUUCGUCACGUCGUCGUCGCGUGUGCCGCUCGGUGGCUUUAGCCAGCUGCAGGGCAGCUCUGGCACCCAACCGUUCCAGAUCCAGCGCCUCUACGGCAAGGAGGGCAUCCUCCCCCAGGCGUCGACGUGCUUCAACCUCCUGUUACUGCCCAAGUACGCGUCGUACGAGCAGCUGCGCGAGAAGCUCCUGUUCGCGGUCACCGAGACGAGCGGCUUUGGCAAGGCAUAAUAGCGGAGCGAGGCCGCCGAGGCGACGACGCCACCACUCUCAUGAAUUCAAGAAGCAAACACACACACGGUCGAGUAGAAGGGCGGCCGUGUAAAUGUACAUCCACUGCAUGCAUAUACCGUAAGAUAGA